CGCGCAGGCGCGAAUUAACAAUAGUUCCUGUAGCGGGGAACGGCCGUUACGGGCUCCUUAUUCAGGAAGGGUCGCUACGUUGUGGUCCUCGUGCGCGCGCGCGGGUGUUACCGUACGUGUGCCUGAGGGGCCGAGCGAAAGGGGCGUAGCCUCGGUCAUGGCCGGCCCGCGCGGGUGCUUGUUGUCAGUCCCUGGCCGCGGGUUAUGGCGACGACCGUGGUGAAUGAAUUCUCCGGGCGGGAGAGGGAAAAAGAAGGGCUUCGCCGCCGCCUCCAGUUCCCCGACCCGAGCCGCCGGGGCCUCCCCUUCGGCCGCGGCCGGGCCGGCUCCCUCCGCCCAGCAUCCACCUCAGCCGGCAGCGGUGGCCUCUCCUCACAAGCGGAACCUCUAUUACUUCUCGUACCCGCUGUUCGCCGUCUUCGCGCUGCUUCGCUUCCUGGCCUUCCAGCUCGGGCUGCUCUUUGCUUGGCUCUGCGAGCGCCUCUCCCGCGGCGGGGCGCUCAUGGCAGCCGCCAAAGGCACCCCUGGCAAGGCCGGCGCCGUCGACGCGCCCAAGGGGUUCUUGGUCAGAAUUACACAACAUGCUCCUAGUUUUUGUUUUGGCAGAGAGAAUACAGCUGCUCCAGUACUAUUCCCAACAGGACAAAAGGAACAAGCUGUUGAAUGGUAUAGAAGGGGGAUUAAAGACCUGGAGGAAGGGAUAGCGAUACCAGUUAUCGGUCAAGGAGAUCAUUAUGAACGAGCUCGCCGUCUCCAGGCUAAAAUGAAGACAAAUUUGGCAAUGGCAAAGGACCGUUUGGAGCUGUUAGAGAAGAUGCAGGCAGUUAAGCAAAUCCCCAAGCUGCAAAUGGAAGUCUAUAGUGACAGUACUAACCUGGUAUGCCGCAAUGGACAUCUCCAGUCAGAAAGUGGAGCUGUUCCAAAAAAGAAGGAUCAGUUGACUCAUACUAGUAACUCGCUCCCUCGUUCAAAGUCUGUUGCAAAAGCUGGAUCUGGAGGCCUUUCAGGGCACCAAAGGACACCUAGUUAUACUGGAAUAUCCAAUUUUAAUGUGCCUAGACAAGGAAAUGUUCCUGCUACUUCAACUCAGAAGGCUACUCCAAAAAACAAUAGAGCGAAUAAGCCUUCUACUCCGACAACUGCUGUGCGGAAAAAGAAAGAAGCAAAGGUUUUUAGAAAUGUGGACAGUAAUCUUGCUAAUCUUAUUCUUAAUGAAAUUGUAGACAGUGGACCAUCUGUCAAAUUUGAUGAUAUUGCUGGGCAGGAGCUAGCUAAGCAGGCAUUGCAAGAAAUUGUUAUCCUUCCUUCUCUUAGGCCUGAGUUAUUUACAGGACUGAGGGCUCCUGCACGGGGAUUGUUGUUGUUUGGCCCACCAGGAAAUGGAAAGACGAUGCUGGCCAAAGCUGUGGCUGCAGAAUCAAAUUCAACCUUCUUUAACAUAAGUGCUGCAAGUCUAACAUCAAAAUAUGUUGGUGAAGGGGAGAAAUUAGUGCGUGCUCUUUUUGCAGUAGCCAGAGAACUUCAGCCUUCUAUCAUUUUUAUAGAUGAAGUGGAUAGCCUAUUGUGUGAAAGAAGAGAAGGUGAACAUGAUGCAAGUAGACGUUUAAAAACAGAAUUCUUAAUAGAGUUUGAUGGUGUGCAGUCUUCAGGAGAAGAUCGAAUACUUGUAAUGGGAGCAACUAACAGGCCACAGGAACUAGAUGAUGCUGUUCUCAGGCGAUUUACCAAACGUGUCUAUGUUUCUUUACCAAAUGAAGAGACACGACUACUUUUGCUAAAGAAUCUUUUAAGUAAGCAAGGAAAUCCAUUAACCCAAAAAGAGUUGGCACAGCUGGCUAGAAUGACAGAGGGAUAUUCAGGGAGUGACUUGACAGCAUUAGCAAAAGACGCAGCAUUGGGCCCUAUACGAGAACUAAAACCAGAGCAAGUAAAGAACAUGUCUGCUAGUGAGAUGAGGAACAUCAGAUUAUCAGACUUCACCGAAUCCUUGAAGAAAAUAAAGCGUAGUCUGAGCCCUCAAACCCUGGAAGGUUAUAUUCGCUGGAACAAGGACUUUGGAGACACUACAGUUUGAUAUGCAGCUUUGUCACAAGGAGCGGAGAAUACUGCAUACAAGAGACAGACUGCUGUUUGAAUGCAGCCAGAGUUUACAAAACUUCCCUGAUCUUUAAAUAUCUGCACUAAAAGACCAGACUGAUGUAAGGAGGGCAGGGGAGAAUCUAUAAAGAUGUCAAGCUUCAUACCUGGAUUUCCACUAAGGGCACUGUAAGGGAGAGCACAAUAAGACAUGGGGAAAGAAUUCUAGCAGUUGAAUUAUGCUAGGAAGUGUAAUUUGUAUAUGUUGUUGGCCGAAAUGUUCUAAUAGCAUUAUCAGAUAGGGGGAAAGUUUUUUUAAUUUGCUCUUGACAUUUAGCUUUGCUUUUUUUAACCAUUAACUGUGAGACUGUUUUUAAAUUGUUACCUAUGUAUUGAUAAUGUGCCAAAUAAAAAUAUUCCAUAUGCAUUGGGAAAGAUAACCCUGUUCUGUUUGAAAUGUCCACAGAAUAAAUCAGGAAGUCUGUUACUCUUUGUUGUAAUGAAACUCUGCAGUCAGUAGAACUGUUUAGAAAUCUGCAGAACGGCAAUGGCAGUACAACCAACAGCAACACCAAAGGGCUUUAAAUUGGCAGUCUUGUGUCGUUUGUUUCUUGCAGCAUUUCUUCAAUAUAUUUACAAGGUUGCUAUCUUAGGAUAAUUGUUCUCACAUUAUAGAUAUGUAGAUCAAGAAAUAAGAGCAAGUGGCAUUAACUGUCAACAGAAACUUCAGAUUCUCUCUCUGGUGAUGACUUUAUAAUGUGAUGUUCUUCAGUUUGUACAUACAAAAUAGACCUUCUAAAAUAUAGUGUAACCCUUUCUGCUAGCUCAUAUUAUUUAAGUCUAAAAUUGUAUUAGGUGGACAUGUGAACAUGGGGGAACUGUGUUCUUCCUCAGAUUUGGAAAUCACAUUCAGUGCCCCACAGACAGAGGUUUUCCUUCUAACAAAUCCACCUGUCUUGCAUAAAGGGGCAGUGGAAACAUAUGAGGGAGGGGGCAGCUCCAUUUAAUAAUCUGAACUAUGAAACAACGGAAUAAAGCUAAAUAACAUGCAAAUCAAUUACUUUUUAAUAUUAAAAGGAUGGGCAUGUUUAAUCUUUGUUUAUUUUGGUGUUUUGUUUGUGUAACAAUAUUCAGAAACCAUGGUUAAAAUGCCAUUCAUUAACUAUGAGAAAAGAAGGGCUUCCAUGUUUAUAGUUUAGCAAAUGGGGAGAGGAUAAAAAAAAUCUAUGGAAACUUCUGUGAAUGUACAUUUUUCUCUUUGAACAUUUUUUAAAAAAUAAUGCCCCAUAAUUCUAGGGGAGGGUUUAAUUUGACACAGAACAGUGAUGCAUCUUUAAUUUUGGCAGUUAAAAUAGAAAACUAGUGAUCUUGAACUAAUGAGUGUAGCAAUUCUGCAGUCUUUUUAAAGGGUAUCAUCAUUGACCAUAAAUGUAAUACUAGCCUAAUCACAGUCAAGAAAAUACAGUUAUAGAUAAUUCUACAAAUUAUGAUGAUUGUCAAAAACUAACAUUUGUUAAGUUUUAGAAAGAGAGCUUAGAAUAGAGGCCUGGAAUCUCUUCAAGUGGCCAUUAGAUGGCUUCAUUAGACAUUUCAGAUACCCUUGUGUCUGAAACUUCAGAAUAAAUAAAUUGUGAUUCAUUUUGGGGAGCUUCAAAAAAUGUGGUUUUCAAACUGGACACCCUUAAUCUCUGCAUGAAAACUACAAUGUGCUUCUCACUGCUCCCAAUUUAGGCUAAAAUCUGUAAUGCCUAAGAAACCUAGAUGAUUGAUCUUCUCAAACACUUCAUUAGUCAAAGUUUAAAACCUUUUCAACUUGUUUCUUUUACGAAAUAAAGAGCACUUUCCUGUGUCGUGCAGCAUCCUGCCUUCACAUUAAUUGUACAAAUGAUCGUUUAUGAUAGCCUACAUGAACAUAAAAAGCCUCGCAUAAAAUUUGAAUAGCUGUUAGCUGUUCAUAACUUACAUUUUCCCUGAGGAAACACCAACAUGGUUACGACAGAGAUGACUGUAAUGUAGCUCUAAUAAUUGUAUUCCAUUAUGUGAUAAGGUGUAAAGUCAUCAUUUUAGCUCAUAGAAAAAGUCUGUUAGACCAAACGUGCCAGAUUAGCCAUCACAAUUCCCAAAUUAGGCUUAUCAAAUCAUAUGGCAUUUAUAUAUAGAUUUGCCUUCCUGAUUCAGUCAAAUCUUCUGCUUGUGGGAUUAAUAAGAAAAAUGUUCUAACUUCUGAUAGAUCAGGUUUUGAAAUGUUUGGAUAGUCCUAUCACUGAGUGGCUACAAAAGCUGAAAUUUGCUUUAGGCUUGCUAAUUUGAAGGGACUAAGCACUAUUAACUGGGCUUAGACUUGCAGCAAGACCUUCUUUACUUUAGAGGAAAACAGACUUGGCCUUCCGGAAGAAAUUGGCCUCUGAAGGCAGUGUCCAAGACAUCUGGAGGAAAAUUUUCAAGCCAUUUGAUCUAGUAAUAACUGGGAUAUCUCAGAUACUGAAUGGGCGCUGUUAGAUUAGCUGGAUUAUAUGCCUUUGCAGCAUAUAUUGGGAAGACUUCAUCCAUUUACUUGAACAGAAUACAACUCUUUGCAUCCUCAUUAUCUCCUUUUUUGCUGCUUGUCGUAUUUCAGAUAAUUUCACAAGAAUUCAAAAGUAUUUGAAUGUUGUGUGUAUUAUUUUUAGAAGAGUGAUCAGGCCUUUUGGCAAGACUUUCCAGUUUAUUUACACAAGUUAAUUGUAAUACCAGCUUAUCAAAGGAUCCUGAAGGAAACACAAAUGUUACAAGACAGUGUCAUUGAAUAAUGUUGCCAGCUCACAUAGUCUUAAUAGUGCUGUACUUUAAUGCCAUCAGUUUCGUUCAAACAGGGUCCCUUCCUUUUCAAGUGUUGUAUAGUCAAAGUUGUCGCUGAAUGGAUAGAUAGGCUAUUCAUGCUUGUAACAUAAGAUUCUAAUAAUUCUUCUUUUGGCCCUAAACUUCUGUAAUUUCUAGUUGACACUGAGUCUGGCAUACAAGUGUUAGUGGGAACUACGUAUUGAAAAAAUCUUCGUUCAGGCCAAGGUAGAAGUUGAAUGCUUUUAUUUAUUAAGCAGUAUAGACACUGUGAGGGACAUGGUGGUGCUGAGGGUUAAACCACAGA